AUGGCAAACAAUGUUGAUUUUAAAGUUGAUCGCGCCAACGUUGAGAGGUACAAAAUUAAGUGUAGAAACCAUGAUUGUGGAUUCAGGUUGCAUGCAUCAUACAGGAAGAGAAGUGAUUCAUGGGUGAUAGGAUAUAUUUCCCAAGAUCACACGUGUGUUAACACAAAUGUUUCACAAGAUCACCGUAAGCUAAGUUAUGAUAUUAUAUGUCAAGAAAUCUUGCAUCUAGUUGACAAAGAUCCAUCGUUAAAGGUGAAAACGAUAAUCUCUCAUAUCGUUUCAACUUACAAUUACACUCUGUCUUAUAGAAAGGCGUGGCUGGCGAAGACCAAAGCGAUCGAACUUGUGUAUGGAAAUUGGGAGGAUUCGUACAAACGACUCCCACGUUUCUUGUUUGCGCUUCAAAUUUAUUCUCCUGGAACCGUUACUAUUUUAGAGACCCUUCGGGCGCAAUCUCCAGACGGAACUUGCCUUCAAGGAAAUGUGAUAUUCCACAGGCUUUUCUGGGCUUUCCGCCCAUGUGUUCAAGGAUUUGCGUAUUGCAAACCAAUUCUUCAAAUAGAUGGCACUUGGUUGUACGGAAAAUAUAAAGAGACCUUGUUGAUGGCUGUGGCACAAGAUAGAAAUAGUAACAUUUUUCCUGUUGCGUUCGCUCUUGUGGAAGGAGAAACUGCUGGAGACAGACAUGCUUCCAUCGAGAUUGUGUACAAUAAUCCAGCAAACGGGUGGCAAAACCCACCUUCAACGCAUGUUUACUGUAUUCAUUAUAUCGCACAAAAUUUCAUGCGAGAGAUAAAGGACAACGCUCUUCGGAAGACUCUUGUCAAUUCCGGAUAUGCAUUGACUCAACCGAAGUUCCAAUAUUAUCGACAUGAAAUUGUAGCGGCAAAUCCAGAUGCAGAAUGUUCGUAUGCGCACCAAGAUCCAUUAGCACUUUUAUCUCCCAUUUACAAGGCGGGUACCUUGCUCGGAGUGUACAACAAUGCAUUUCGAGUGAUGGCAAAGGAGGAUUAUUGGCCUGCAUACGAAGGGGACGUGGUUUGGCAUAAUGACAACAUGCGGAGAAAGAAAAGAGGUCGACCAAACAGCACCCAGAUCAUAACCGAAAUGGAUCAUGAGAAGAUGGUACGAAAGUGUGGCAUAUGUCGUGAAGUCGGGAACAAUAAAAAUACUUGUCCUAACCGUGGAGCAACCUCCACCAACAAUUAG